GGCGCUCACCGGAAAUGCUUCCUCGUUUGUUCUGAGUGUGUGUUGUUUUUUACCGUGUGUGAAGUUGACUUGUACGGGAAGAGGAGAAGAGACUGAGGCUGUUAGAGAUCGGUCAGGAGACUGGUAUUGUCAGGUGGCACCGAGCCUUCGAAUACCGACACCGUCCACAAAACCAAGGCUUCUCCUCUGGGUUUGGAAACAUUUCUUUAUACAGUGAACUGUGAACCGAUCCGGGAUGUCUGGUCAGAGUAUCACGGACAGGAUCACCGCCGCUCAGCACAGUGUCACCGGCUCGGCUAUAACUAAAACGGUGUGCAAAGCGACCACUCAUGAAAUCAUGGGACCCAAAAAGAAACAUUUGGACUACUUGAUCCAGUGUACGAAUGAGAUGAAUGUGAACAUCCCUCAGCUGGCUGACACGCUGUUUGAGAGGACCACGAACACCAGCUGGGUGGUUGUCUUCAAGUCUCUCACCGCCACACACCAUCUGAUGGUCUACGGCAACGAGAGAUUUAUUCAGUAUCUGGCUUCAAGAAACACGCUAUUCAACCUCAGCAAUUUUUUGGACAAAAGUGGUCUACAAGGAUACGAUAUGUCCACCUUCAUCAGGAGGUAUAGCCGCUACCUGAAUGAAAAGGCAGUGUCCUACAGACAAGUGGCCUUCGACUUCACUAAAGUGAAACGAGGAUCUGAUGGUGUGAUGAGAACCAUGAACACAGAGAAGCUCCUGAAGACCAUCCCCAUCAUCCAGAAUCAGAUGGAUGUGCUGCUUGAUUUCAAUGUCAAUGCCAAUGAACUGACAAACGGUGUGAUCAAUGCAGCCUUCAUGCUUCUGUUCAAAGAUGCUAUUCGACUGUUUGCUGCGUACAACGAGGGCAUAAUUAACCUCCUGGAGAAAUACUUUGACAUGAAGAAGAUUCAGUGCAAAGAAGGACUUGACAUCUAUAAGAAAUUCCUAACACGAAUGACAAGAAUCUCAGAGUUCCUCAAAGUCGCAGAGCAAGUGGGAAUCGACCGAGGGGACAUCCCUGAUCUGUCUCAGGCCCCAAGUAGCUUACUGGAUGCCCUGGAGCAACACUUGGCCUCUUUAGAGGGAAAGAAAGUCAAAGACUCAACAGCAGCCAGCAGAGCUAGCACCCUCUCCAAUGCAGUCUCCUCCUUGGCCAACACCGGAAUAUCUUUCACGAAAGCGGACGAGAGGGAAAAACAGGCAGCUCUUGAUGAGGAGCAAUCUCGCCUUAAAGCACUUAAAGACCAGCGUCUGAAAGAGCUCCAAAAGCACCCUGCUACAGCAACCACAGACUCCUCCCCUGUCUUCACUAUGGGUGGGACCAACAACUCAACCCCUGCCAUCGAUCUCUUCUCCUCCCCCAGCUCUAACAACAGCAACUCCAUAGCAGCAGCCAACGACCUGCUUGACCUGCAGCCAGCCUUCCAGCAGUCGCUGUCGCUUUCCACCACCAACACAUGGGGAGGAGGUGAGGGCACCGCUCUCACUGAUCAUUACCAUCCUUUCUUUGACUCAAGCUCAUCUCUGGCAUCUGAUCUUGAUACUGCAACACAGAUAGAGACAUUUACCACAGACUCCUUCUGUGGGCCAAGCCCUUACAACACCACUCCACUCUUCUAUUCUGAGCCCCCUGCUGUAGCUGGUCUAUUCAGAGGGUUCACAGCCUCCCCGACACCUCAGCAGCCACAGAACUCCCGAGGCCUUAACGUGGACUUUGACUCUGUCUUUGGUAACAAUACCAAUGCCAACAACCUGGAAGGUACAGGUUGCCUCCUUAAACCUACAGUGACAUCUUCACCCGAUCUGGACAUGACCCCAAACGGCCAGCAGUCCCACAGACUGGUGUCCAAUGACCUGGACUUGUCACUGGCUAAUCUUGUUGGCAAUCUGGGAAUUGGCAAUGGGACAGCCAAAAAUGACCUUCACUGGAGUCAGCCUGGUGAGAAAAAGCUGACAGGUGGAAACAACUGGCAACCCAAGGCAGCUCCAUCUACCACCUGGAACCCUGCACCUGUGGCACCAUCUGUCAUGGCCUACCCUGCAACCACACCAACGGGCAUGAUGGCAUAUGGAAUGCCUCCUCACAUGGGCUCCAUGAUGAUGACACAGCCCACGAUGGUCUACACCCAGCCUGUGAUGAGGCCAGCCAACCCAUUUGGGCCAAAUCCAGGUGCACAGAUGCAGUUUAUGUAAUCUGACGGAGAGAGAGAGAGAGAGAGAGAGAGAGAGAGAGAGGAGUCUUUCCCCUUUCAAGACGAUCCUCAACAAAGUCAAAUAUCCGAGCAAACCUGCAGUUUGCUUCUAAUGAACUCACCUCUCUGGGAACGGAAGUCCCAGAUAUGACAGACAUGUUGAAUAAACCAUGGUGACUGGGAGCAGCUGUGUCCAUCUCACAGUGGACAUUGUGCCCAUCUCGUCACGUCUAAGUCAAGGAAGGAGGAGAAGACUGUGUGCUGACAUUCAACACCAUGUGGACUUGGAUCAGCUUCCUCUGACUCCUGGACUAAGAGGAACAAGACACCUUAAAGGGAGUGCUUCCUGACGUCAAUCAUGUAUCUGAAAAAUAAAAAAAGCGAUGUUGGAGCUGCCUUUAUGUUCCUCUUUCUCCAGGUCAGGCUUUGAGAGUCACUUCCUUUAAUGAUCAAUCAUGAUUAACUCAUCCCGUAUUAGGAAACAAUGUCGGCACCUCAUUGAACCACAGCAUUUUCUUUUCUUUCUUUUUAAUGUAUUGUUUGCUGUAGACAUUCCUUGUGUAUUGUUUGUAUUUAUUUAUGAUUACCAACUGAGAGGAUGAUUAAAAAAGAAGUAUGGAACUAGUCACUGACCUUCUUGUGGGAGGUCUUCAGGUUUAAACGACGGUAUGAUUGCUGGUUGAAUUGGGUUUUGAGUGAUUGAGAUGAUUUGUUUGAAAAAAGAAUUUAAUAUAAAGUUUAAGGAGAUGACAUGUUUUGCUUUUGGAGCACAAAAUAUUCUCUGUAUUUGCAGAAUGCCUAGUACAGUAAUAUGUGGCUCGCAGGCUCAGAUUGAAGAUGUGUGUGAACAGAAUUAACACAGUGAAAUGAAUGGGGUGGAAUUCUAUGAAUCUGGUAUUGGGUCAUUUUUCACAGGAGCAGGGCACUACAUGUUGUGAUUGAGGCAGCACUAAAUUGGAAAGGAAUCUGCAUUCAUGCUUUGAAGCUUUAGACAUGCCAUUUUCUUCUUGGAUUUACAAAAGCUCCUGGCUGCCCUCUUCCCACCUGAAUGUGCAGGGUCUCUUUCAUGCUCAGAUUGUGUUUCCAUGUGCAGGGAGGGGACAGUUGUAGGUUCAGAUAGAAGUGUACGGGUCAGGGGCAGCCUGGAUGAGCAGGAUAAUAGGGCACUGUUGAUCGGUGCUUAGGGUAUAAAAAACUAACUCUGCCAAUCACAGGACUGCAAGAUAAUGGUCUGAACAUAAGUGACCCUUAAUUCAUAUUUGCUGUAUCAACCCUUAAGAUUAUAUUUUUGUUUGUUUUGAUUUUUCCAAUAAAGUGCAAGCUUCAACUCUU